UACGUUUUCAUAUUGGCUGCAUUCCCUUGCGUUAAUCUGAUCAGAGUUGUGUUUAUAAAAAUUCUGCGAAAGUAACUCGUCCGUUCAGAGAGGAAACUCAAGGAAAUAUGAACGAAAACAUGUCUGCAACCAAGACUGGUUAUUUAUCGCUGACUACUGACAAAAACCCAAGCCGUCAAGUCAGACUUAUGGCUGAGGCGUAUACGAACGUGUCAGACCCGUUCAUCGUAUUCUACACAGAUUCGUCAUUCGUUGGGAGAAAAGCUCGCGCGUUUCUGCGAUUUAAGUCCUGUGCUCUGACAGAAAACGACGAGACAUCUUUUACUCUGAUUCCGCACGGAGAGCGAAUCGGUUCUUCUGCAGGAUUUUUAUGCUUCAGGGCCGAGACGUCUGAAGAGAAACAAGAGUGGUUGAGAGUUUUUAAAGACAAUCAGCCUGAGAACGAAAGAACUGCAGUGAAAACGAAAAGAAGGAAAAUAAGUUCACGAAUGUUGCCUGUAAUUCAGGAAAGCUACUCUGAGGAGAUCGCUGUGGUUGAGCAGAGAAGAUCUAGUUUAAUUCCAGUAUAAAUGGAACAAAAUAUUUUACGCGCCACAAUAACGAUCGUGGCAAAGAGGAUCGUGCCUCCAGAGACAAGGAAUUUACUUCAUUUAUUAUGAAAAAACACACACACGAAUCAUUGACUCUGGGAGGCCGAGCGAAACUCUGCCUCAUGUAAAUGUAGUAUUUUCAGACAUCAAAGAACACGAGAUGUAAACUUUCCAGAAAGAUCACGAAGAUUCUCCUGAUAGGAGAAGAAAUAGGACUGUAAUUUUUAAAUAGUUCAAAAUUUACGCGCCUGAAAUAGGCGAAGAUUAACUUUAUCGAGUGGGGUGACUCAGCGCAAAGGUUCGAAAAUCGUAUAAUAUGUGCUAAUUUUUUGGCAAGCUGAUGAUAGCUGUUGGAAUUCGGACGUGACUUUCAUGCAAAGAGAGUCUAUUGAGCCGACAAUGGGGUCAGCCAGCAGUAACGUAAUACAUAAGAGACGAUUGUAAGUAAUUUGGUUAUCGCCCACGCUAACAUGAAUCGACUAGUACGUCACGCGAUUGAUUUCAAGAGAG